AUGGCCGGCCUCUCUGCCGACUACGACUACCUCUUCAAGCUCCUCCUCAUCGGAGACUCGGGCGUCGGAAAGUCCUGCCUUCUCCUUCGUUUCGCAGACGACACCUACACCGAGUCUUAUAUUUCCACCAUCGGCGUCGACUUCAAGAUUCGCACCAUCGAGCUAGAGGGCAAGACCGUCAAGCUCCAGAUCUGGGACACUGCUGGACAGGAGCGUUUCCGCACCAUCACGUCGUCAUACUACCGCGGAGCACACGGCAUCAUUGUCGUCUACGACGUGACUGACCAGGACACAUUCUCGAACGUCAAGCAGUGGCUGCAGGAGAUUGACCGAUACGCCUGCGAGGGUGUCAACAAGCUGCUGGUCGGCAACAAGUCGGAUCUGACCAACAAGAAGGUGGUCGAGUACAACGUCGCCAAGGAGUUCGCCGACCAGCUCAACAUUCCGUUCCUCGAGACGUCUGCCAAGAGCGCGACCAACGUCGAGCAGGCGUUCUUGACGAUGGCCAAGCAGAUCAAGGACCGCAUGGGAUCGUCGACGGUCAACAACCAGCAGGGCGGCAAGUCGACGCUCAAGGUGGGCCAGGGCCAGAAUGUGCAGCAACAGAGCCAGGGCGGAUGCUGCUAA